AGCUUUUUAAGUGACUUGAUGGCGUAAAUACUAUUUACACCGUGCAUAGAACUUAAACUCAAAUGUUAAUAGUAUUGCAUUUCCAUAAAAUAAGUAUAUAUUGAUGUUCACAGUUGUUAAAGGUGCCUUUUUUUAGGAAAUAUUUUUGUGAAGACUUACCAAUUGCAAUUGCAAGAUGGUUGUGUUUGCCAUUGCUGUAUAUAACCUAUAAGAUUGAGCAUAUUUGUCGAAACCCGAAUUCUAAAACUUUAUUGGCUUUAUGACAUAAGUUUUGGUGGAUAGAGUUACCCUUUAUCUGUGCUGGUCGGAUAUAACAACUACUCAAGUAGAGUAGUCGAGUUUCAUGCAAGCUGACGGGGAUACUACUGCUUUUGAAAAAAUACUAAACCUAAUAAUGUGAAUUGGUGGUGCAUUUUAUUUAUUUAUUUCUAUUUGCACAAUAAUGUCAUAGAUGCUUUAAAUGUAGUAAAUCGGUCAGUGAGGAUUCAUAGACGACCCUAACUUGUUUUGGACUGAGGCAGAGUUGUUUUUUUUUUCUUUUUGUGAAAAAAAGAAUGAUUGUCAAUUCGAGACGCUAGGAUGUUAGAAUGUAUUUGAUGAAUCCCUCUGUCGUCGGUGGUGGGUCCAGGUGGAGAUUGGUCUUUGAUCAGCAAUGUUCCAUUUCUUUGGGAGGAGUUGAAACUUGCUACUGAAGUAUUCAACAGCAGCCAAAAAUGUCUCGGAAAGGAUUGAUGGAGCAGGACCUAAGCAAAUUGGAUGUGACAAAGUUACAUCCACUUUCGCCUGAAGUUAUUUCUCGUCAGGCUACAAUAAACAUUGGUACUAUUGGCCAUGUGGCUCAUGGGAAGUCAACAGUUGUAAAAGCUAUAUCUGGUGUGCAGACUGUUCGUUUUAAAAACGAGCUAGAACGUAAUAUUACAAUUAAGCUUGGAUAUGCAAAUGCUAAGAUAUACAAAUGUGAAGAAGAGCGCUGUCCUAGACCCAUGUGCUACAAGGCAUAUGGUAGUGGAAAAGAAGACAGUCCCAUGUGUGAUGUCCCUGGUUUUGAGAACUGCAGGAUGAAAUUACUAAGGCAUGUAUCUUUUGUUGAUUGCCCAGGUCAUGAUAUUCUCAUGGCUACAAUGCUUAAUGGAGCUGCAAUUAUGGAUGGAGCCUUACUUCUGAUUGCUGCCAAUGAGAGCUGUCCCCAACCUCAAACUUCUGAACAUUUAGCAGCUGUUGAAAUUAUGCGCCUCCAACAUAUCAUAAUUCUUCAAAAUAAGGUUGAUCUAGUCCAGGAAAAUGUUGCCAUCAACCAGCACGAGGCAAUUCAGAAAUUUAUUCAAGGAACUGUUGCAGAUGGUGCCCCAGUUGUACCAAUAUCUGCACAAUUGAAGUACAACAUUGAUGUCGUUGCUGAAUAUAUUGUGAAAAAAAUUCCCAUUCCCGAAAGGAAUUUCAUUUCACCACCAAAUAUGAUUGUUAUCCGGUCAUUUGAUGUCAAUAAACCUGGUUUUGAAGUUGAUGAUAUCAGAGGUGGUGUUGCUGGUGGCAGUAUUUUGAAGGGUGUAUUGAAGGUAAAUCAACUUAUUGAGGUUCGCCCUGGAAUUGUUGUCAAAGAUGAGAGUGGAAACAUCAAAUGUACUCCAAUAUAUUCAAGAAUGGUAUCAUUGUUCGCCGAGCAAAAUGAACUACAAUUUGCCGUGCCUGGAGGACUCAUUGGAGUUGGAACAACUAUGGAUCCAACAUUGACACGUGCUGAUCGAUUGGUGGGACAGGUUCUUGGGGAGGUUGGAUCACUCCCUGAAGUUUUCGUCGAACUAGAGGUGAAUUUUUUUUUGCUCCGACGUCUUUUGGGUGUGAGGACAAAGGACUCGGAGAGGCAAGGUAAAGUCUCAAAGUUGGCAAAGGGAGAAAUCCUCAUGUUAAAUAUAGGGUCUAUGUCAACAGGGGCUCGUGUUGUCGCUGUCAAGAAUGUAUUCGCGAAAUUGCAAUUGACAUCACCUGUGUGUACCAGUAAAGGUGAGAAAAUUGCUCUUAGCCGGAGAAUUGAGAAGCACUGGCGACUUAUUGGUUGGGGCCAAAUCCAAGCUGGUAUUACUAUUGAUAUUCCACCCUGCCCCAUCUGAGGAAAAACUAUCAAAACAACACAAAAAUUUGGAUUUAAAUGUGGGAAGGCAAACAGUUGAGGGGGAACUAUUUUUUCCAGGUAGGGUAGAAAAGAUUAUUUGGAAUUCCAGAUAUUUUAUAGUCUUACAUUAAUUUUCCACUUGUUUCUUUGUCCAAGUGGUUGCACCUUGUAUUUCAUUAGUUUAGGUGUUUGCUAGAAUGAGUUCCAUUCAUCUUGUGGCAGAUUCCGAACCAACCAUUGAUGUAAUAUUAUCUACUCAAUUUUGUAUGGCUUCAGUCAGCUCUCUUUAGCUGCGAUUUUGGGAUUCA